GUCAACCGCCUCAAGCUUUCCUCAGCGCCUGAUACGCCACUACUUCUCGACAUUCGAGUUUCACUUCUAUCAGACGAUAUAUUUCAUAUUUAAUCAUGCGUCCUUCAAGCCCUCUGUCUCUGACCUCGUCCAACCGCUCGACGCCUGAGGUGGAAGACACAAUGCAAGUCUUUGUCAAGAGCGUCACUGGCGAAACCAUCCCUCUUACUGUUCCUCAAGACGCUUCCGUAUCAACGCUCAAAUCUCUCCUCUCCUUGCGCACAUCUCUCCCGGCGUCAGAACUUCGUCUCGUCUUUGCAGGAAAGCACCUGAGCGACUCCAGCUCCACUCUUUCCGACUAUUCCAUCUCCCGCGAAAGCACACUGCACGUUGCUGUGCCCUUGAGGGGAGGCAAGCCGCCCAAGGUCUACUGCAAUUACAAGAACUGCAAGUCUUUGGCACCGCGGAUAGUGGGCGACUGCGGCUUCUGCAACGGCCACUUUUGCACAACGCAUCGCAUGUUAGAAAGCCACGACUGUUCCGGUUUGGAAGACUGCAAAAAACAAUCGCAUGAGCAGAAUGCAAACAAGCUAAAUUCGGAGCGAACAAUGGCUAUCAAAGGCAUCUGAUUUCGUCCGAAAGCGCCCUUUGCUGUUUUCUCUUUCCAAAUCUCUGGGAUCCCGUCCAAUUUCGCGAUCUUCUUCGACUGUAACAUAAUCUCCUUGCACCAUUUCACGAUAUCUCAAUUCGGCCGUCCUUUCAAUCUCCUGUUGGUUUAGCAAGCCUGUUUGUCCUCUCUA